GGUCCAUUCCAUAACCAACCCAGCACAGCAACCAGCAAAGAAGCUGUAGAGCUAAGCUAUGGAAACAAAGAAGAAACAAGCAAGCAGAAGAAGCAACAAACCUUCCUAAAACCCUAAAAAGCAAAAGCUAUGAGACAAGCUCUGUUCAGACACCUCUCACUCUCUCUCUAUACACACAGUUUUCUCUCCCCUCAAACCCUCAAACCACACCCUCUUAAUGCUAAAAUUGUUUCACUCCCCUCUCUCUCUGCUUCACCUUUCUUGAAAUUCAGAAGACUUGUCUCUUCCAAGACCCAUUCUUUCAUUGCAAACUCUGUUCCUGAAACUAACCCUGCCCAAACCCAGAAAGAAGAAUCACCCAUUGAAGAAGAGGAUGUUAGCAACGAAGAGCUGAAAAGACGAAUAGAGAAGUACUUUGAAGGUGAUGAAGAAGCAAUUCCAUCUAUAUUUGAAGCAAUUUUGAAGAGGAAACUAGCUGGGAAACAUGAUGAGUCAGAUGAUGAGUUGAUGGAGGAAUUUGGGCAUAUGCCACCAGACGAUGACAGUGACAGAGUUUGAUUCAGAUGAAGACAAAUUGUAAGUGAUUGUUGAUUUCUAUACAAAGGAUGCUGUGAUGAAAAUUAUAAUGAAAAUGAGUCACAAAAAUAAUGCAAGUUUUGAGUGAUUUUCAGAUUUUGUUACUAUAAAUUAGCUUUAUUUAUAAUAAUUUAUAAAUUUGUAUCGAUAUUUCCUGGUGGUCAAUUGGCAUUGAAUCAUUUGAGAGAGUUUGGCUUAAGGACUGGGAAUGCAAUAAAAAUCCCCAAUGUCAUUCAUAUUCUUUGACAAUGGAUUUUUGUAAUUGUUCCUUUUC